AUGAAAUAUCGACAAGAACGAUCGUUGAUAUCAUCACCAACAUGGACUUUAUCCCUUCUUCUAUUAUUUAUUGUAAUUUUAUACUAUUGUAAACAUGAUGUUUCAUCAACGACAAUUAUCACAGAUGAUUACCAAAGGAUGUUGAAUAUUAAUGAUGAUGAUCAAUUGGGAAGUAUUGGAUCGGGGAAAACAAAUCCUACCAACAUUAAAACUGUUGGUGAAUAUUCACAACCAUUUUCAAGUCAUCAAUCAUUAGAUUUGACACGACUUGUUGAGGAUGAUGAUGCAUCAACAAAUCAAGUUGCAGCAUCAAACAGUUCUCAGCACGUUUGUCCUUUCAUAUUAUAUGGAAAACAUUGGGAUGAAUAUAAAACAAAUUCAAAGAAUAGAAAUACGAAAUUUAAUUCCGAAAGAGAACGAAUGUUUAAUGAGAGAGUUUUUCUGUUUAAUCAGACAGAGUGGACUUUUAAAUUUCCAGAACAGAAAAAUCCACUAACAUGCCCAAAGUUUACAUUAAACAAGUGGAGAAGAUAUGUGCCAAUGGUCAACCCAGAUGAAAAUAUUCUUUACUAUUUAGGAAAGGAGGUUGAAUUUUGUAAAUCAUAUGAUAAAUGGACCUAUGAACAAAAAUUUCUAAUUAAUGGAACAAUAGUUGUGAAGAAUGUGACUGAAUAUUUCAAUUUUGGGCAAGUUUGUGAUAAAUUGUUUUGCUUUCCACAGAAUUUACUAGAUUUAGUAAGAAAUGACAAUUUUAGAUAUGGAUUGAAUUUUACAGAACUCAUUACCAAUUCUACCAUUUUCUUGAACAUGUUUCCACAACGUGUAGUGUUACAAUUUUUAGAAAAAUGGGCCAUCAGUUAUGAUGACAAUUUGGAACACGAUUUUGAUCCUCAAACAUUGGAAGUUUCACAACAAUUGAACAAGAUAAUGCAUCAAAUCGUUCCAUUCCUACCUUUUAAUUUUACAAAUUUGAAUCAAAUUGCAGAAUAUUAUACUGCUUGUAAUACUUGCAGAGAUUACAACAAGUAUCCAGUUUUGCCAUCGAGAGAUGUUUGUAUUGCUAUAGAUUUUCCAUUUGAAUGUAAUUAUGGAAAUCGAAAUUCGACCAAUCAUUUAAGAGAUGGAUAUCCACUCAUUGAAAUGGUCUCUAGAAGAAAUAGUAUUUUCAGAAAUGUCAUGAACAUGACAGCAGAACCUUUGUGUUAUUGUCCAAGGCCUGGCUCUGUAAAAGUGAAUGCUUUAGGAAAUGAUGUAAUAUUCUCUGAAGUAAGCUUCUUUUCCACAAAGGUUGCUUCACAAUGUGAUGUUUUUACUCAAUUUUGGUAUCCAUUGCAUGAUUCAAAAUUCUUGAGUAUUAUUCUGGUCAUGUUGGAAAUACUUUUGAAUUUUCUCUUAUUUGGAAUUGUAUUGGUUCCAUUGUUGAUUCAAUUUACUAAGGAAGUAUUCAUGAAAUUGAGAGGAAAACCUUUCAAAAUUCCAAAACUGAGGUCAAUCCUGUCAAAUCAUGAUAAAACAUUUGCCAAAAUUAUUGAGAAGAAUAGUCAAGCAAGAAAUGCCAACAAGUCAACUGAAUUUUCCAAUACUCUAUUCAUGUUCACUACCUCUGCAUAUAAUAAGAGAUCUUGGAAGAGAAUUUUGUUUGAUUUGAGACUCUACUCUGCAUUGGCAUUGCAAAUGGGCUAUUUGUGCUUUUUGGCAUCUGACAUUCUUGGAACUUCUUCCACCAUUGAAAGUCCUACUGAAAUUAAUACAUCAGAAUCAGUCAUGUUCUUAACAGGAUCUGGAUUUACACUUAUUGGAACCAUGCCAAUCCUAGCCAUGUGGGUCGAUGUAAUGAAAAAGACUGAAAACAAUUCUGAAAGAAUUUCACUCAAGAUUAGUAUUCCUCUCUUUCUAUUCAUGACAUUUGGAGUUGCUGGAGUGGUUGCCUAUGCCAUUACUGAUUAUUUCAGUUCAUUCUUCUCCUCUGCUGUUUUCAUGUUGUGUUUGGUUGUAAUUUUUGUUUGCGUAAUUAUUGGACUUUUCAUUUAUGGAUUUAAAAUUUAUUGGAAUUUGAGAAAGGUUUCGAGAAUUAAUUUUUUCCAAUUCAGAUUUACUAGAUUUUUGGUGGCUUCCUCAUUCUUUGUAAUCUUUCCAGCAUUUUACAUGGUUUUUGAUAUUGCCACAAGUAUUUAUCAGAGUGAGAGUGGUCUGUAUCCAAGUAAUCGAUUCUAUUACUUGUAUUCUCCAUUUAUUACAAGUAUUUUCCUUCUAGCUUAUGGAUCUUCAUUGAUUUAUGUUUUGUUUCCAUCAAUGAAAUUAUUAAUGGAAAGUUACCGAUUGUUUGUGUAUUGUACAUUGUGUUGUUGUGGAAAAUCACCAAGAGUUAAGGCAUUUAUGAAGAAACAUCAAGAAUAUAGAGAUGAAUAUGAAGGUUCUUGGGAUAAUUUGUCUGAAAAUGGAAGUGUACAAGUUGGAAGAUUACCUUAUUUAGUAACUAAGAGUCAAAAAUCCUUAAAAUCAGUUGAAGGAACAACAUUUGACGAUCUGAGCAUUAAUUUGAAUCAUUCCAGUAUUACAAUUAAUGGAGAAAAUUUACAAAAUUUGGAUGCCAUUCCAGUAGAUGAUUCAAUUUAUUAUGAAAAUCAAAUUGAUUCAUCUCCAAAAACUGAAAAACAAAAAGAACUUUCACAACCACUUCUCUAA